AUGUGGACCAGAAACGAGCAACGCCUGCUAUCCACUCAAUGCAUUGCUUUUCCGUUCGAAGAAAAAUCCCGCUGCAUUCUAACUUCUUUCAUUUUUCUCCAUUGGUUAAAGACCCCGUGGCCCAUCGACGUCCGCCGGCUCAAGUUUUCGCUCUCAGGCUUUCAAGUCUCAGGCUUUCAAGCUGCCAUUCCAGACUGCAAGUUCCAAACAGCACACCCCGUCCUACUCACCAUGGCCUUCGUCCCUCUCAUCACCCCUUCCCGCUCCUUCGUCCCCGCCCGCAUCCCGCAGCUCUCCCCGCGUCUGCCACAGGCUGUUCCCGUUGUUUCCCGGGGGCGCAUGUCUCCUUCACUUCCCAAGAUGACGGCAGUGGCGCAGCCGUCUACCGCCGCAUCCAAACUCACAGAUGCCGCUGAACUCAUUAGCCGAACAAACGUCUUUAUUUUUGAUUGCGAUGGUGUUAUCUGGCGUGGAGACUCCCUCAUAGACGGCAUCCCGCAAACUAUUGAGUAUCUGAGGUCCAUUGGCAAGCGCGUCUUCUUCGUUACGAACAACUCCACCAAGAGCCGAGCUGGAUACUUGAAGAAGUUUACCAAGCUCGGUCUUGAUGCUCAAGCAGAGGAGAUUUUCUCCUCCAGCUUUGCCGCAGCGGCGUACUUGGAGCAAACCAACUUCAAAGAAACAGGCAAAAAAGUGUAUAUUAUCGGAGAGAUUGGCAUUCCGCAGGAGCUCGAUCUCAUUGACGUGCCUUACAUUGGCGGUCCAGAUGACUCGGCAAAGCAGCCCAACAUGGAUCCCGGUGGGCGAUUGGAGCAUGAUCCUGAUGUUGGUGCUGUUAUUGUAGGGUUUGACCGCUUCAUCAACUACUAUAAGAUUCAAUAUGCUCAGCUCUGCAUCAACGAGAACCCAGGCUGCAAAUUCAUCGCCACAAAUCUCGAUGCUGUCACGCAUCUCACUGAUGCUCAGGAGUGGGCUGGCAAUGGUGCCAUGGUCGGCGCAAUUAGGGGCUGUACUGGCCAGGAACCCAUCCUCGUCGGGAAGCCUUCUCCGCUCAUGAUUGACUACAUUGUUAGCAAAUACGAUAUCGAAAGGUCUGAAAUAUGCAUGGUCGGGGAUAGGCUUGACACCGAUAUCCUGUUUGGAAAGGAUAAUGGCCUUUCCAGUGUGCUGGCCCUCUCAGGUGUUACCACGGAAGCCAGGCUAAAGGAUCCGACCAACGACAUCCAACCUGAUAGCUACGUAGACAGCAUUGCCGAUUUUCUCCCUAGGCAAUAAAUUUACGGUAAGCUAUACUGUAUUUAAACCAGUA